UCAUCCUUGACUAGGAUGUUCAUUUGUACUUGCUCUCUACCUGCUGGAAGAAUCGGAAAGAUCUGAUAGGAGCUGCUAUUUAAAAGCCUUUAAUAAGGACAAGUGUACGCCGAUCUACUUGAAUCAAGAAAAGCAGUACAAAUGAACACCCUAUUGUUUGAGGCUGGGUUACGUUUCCAACCUUCCGGCGGCGAUUCUGCGAUUACAAAAGCGUUCCGUAUGAAACCGAAAUUUCCAGCAACCACUGUCAACCGAUGUCGUACCGACCGGUUAAGUUUGGAAACGGAACCCACCCUAUAAAUUGACAGAACGUGAAAUUGCAUUUCCCAAAAUCCCAAAUCGAUUCCAAAACAAACAAUCCAAAACAAAAUCCAAACUUGAACCUUCUUUAUGUUCUUGUUGAUAUGUUUUCAUAGAAUUUAUUAUUUAUAGUUUUUUCCGUUUUGAUAAUUUGAAGUGUGCAGUGGAUAUGUCUUCAAUUUCCUUUUUUCUACAUAUUAAUUAAUUUUUAACUAGGUACUCAUGACAAAAUAAUAAUUAUUAUUAUUUAUUCAUUAUGUCAGAAAAAACUCGAUCCAUUACCCUAAUUUCGAGUGAAAUUGGUGGAAGAAGUUCGGAAACUCAGAUAUUACUAAGUUCCGGAUCUCCAGAAGACUUUUAUGAGAAAAUUCACAAAAUAUCAAACAUCCCUAAAGAAAAAAUUCACCUUUACCUUGAGGAUGGUACUGAAAUAAAAACUAUCGAUUUUCUGAGAAAUGGUGAUAAAGUUUUCGUAACGGACAAAGAUAGGUUUAUUAAACCAAUUUUUACCAGUGACUGGGUAACUCUCAACGUUGGUGGGAAAUGCUUCACAACAUCUAAAAAAACAUUAAUAAUGAGUGAACCAGAAAGUAUGCUCGCCAGAAUGUUUUCAGAAGAAAAUGGCUUUUUAAUUCCUAGUAGUAUUGACAAAAAUGGGGCCUACCUCAUUGACAGAAGUCCCAAAUAUUUUGAACCCAUUUUAAACUACCUAAGAUGCGGCCAACUAAUUUAUGAUAAAAAUGUAAAUCCAGAAGGUAUUUUGGCAGAAGCCAGAUUUUUUGGCAUAGAAUCCGUAAUACCGACUUUAGAGCUAUCUUUAAAUUCGACAAGAGAAUCUAGAGAUAAAGCUCCACUCACUAGAAGAGAUGUAAUAAAUUCUUUAAUAAGAAGCUCAUAUGCGAGUGAAUUACGAUAUCAAGGUGUUAAUUUGGCAGGAUCCGACCUUAGCAAGCUGGAUCUUAGAUUUAUUAAUUUUAAAUACGCAAAUAUGCAGGGUUGUAAUUUAGUAGGAGCUAAUUUGAGUUGGUGUUGCCUGGAGAGAGCUGACUUAUCAUGUGCAAUAUUGGAUAAUGCCCAGUUGGUUGGCAUUCGGUGUUUAAGAGCCACAAUGGAAGGUGCUUCAAUGAGAAACUGUAAUUUCAAAGAUCCUUCUGGUCAAAGCGCUAACUUAGAAGGUGUAAAUCUCAAGGGUGCAUGCCUUGAAGACAGUGAUAUGGGUGGCGUUAACAUGCGCAUUGCCAAUUGUAAAAACGCCAAUUUAAAAAACUGUGAUUUGAGAGCGGCUGUUCUGGCUGGGGCUGAUUUAGAGAACUGUGAUUUAUCUGGAAGUGAUUUACAUGAAGCAAAUUUAAGAGGAGCCAAUCUCAAAAAUGCUGCCUUUGAGUUAAUGCUUACGCCUCUACAUAUGAGCCAAACAAUCCGUUAGUUUGUAAAUAAAGGUUUGUUCCCACCUCCACAAAAUCUGUUCAAGGACAACAACUGGGCAACAAUAGAAAGCAUGAAAGAAAAUAUUUUUAUUGUCAAGAAAUAAAUGUUAUUAUAACGCAUAAUAAUUCUAAGUGGGCAUUCACACUAUAAUAAGUAGCAAUAAUAAGUAGCAUGCUUCUUGCUUUCUAGCAGCAAGUCGCACGUCACAUGCUACUUUGGUGUGAAUACCUACUAAGACUUACAAGCUAAGAGGACAAUAUUUAUAAAUAUGUAUUACCUACCCAAAAUAAAAUUCUUAUACUACACAAUGGAUAUGAUAACAAAAUAAAAGGAUUAUAAGGUUUUGUAGAGUCAAACAGGUACAGGGUAGUAAUUCACAAUGUAUGUAUCACUAUCAGAAAAAAAUAUUGAAAAACCCCAAUAAGAAUUCUCUUGAAGGGGUUUUGGGUGAAGUUCACCCAUAUCAUUUUAGAUUAUUGAGGAGGCAUAACUUAUGUAUUUAAUAAUAUUUAUAUUUAUAUACUUAGGUACCAUGUUUUCACCAAAUUGGUAUUAUGUACUACAUGCAAAAUUUCAGGACAAAUUUCAGCUUGUCUCUAAUUUGUUCAAGGUUUGACCGAAUCAACCCUGGGCUAUCUCCAGUGAACUAAAAAAAAUUAUGUAAAAAUGUUACUAAAUAAUUUAUUAUUCCCGGGAUUAUUCCAUUAUAUUGUAAUCAUGAAAAGUUUAUACUUAUAAAAUUAGUAUCUGUCUUUGUAUUUGAUUGGAUGAAUCUCAAAGAAUAAAUUCAUAUUUUUCAUGCUUGUAA